UCAUUUCACAUUCACUACACUUUUAAUGAUUCAUGGAGUCUCCUAAAUCCUGUUCUUCCUCCUUUAGAUGGUCCUAGAAACACAUCAGUAUCAGCAUCUCCAUCUGCUUCAGUGCUUUUGGGCAGUUCAGUGUCUCUGAAAUGCAGCAGUGAUGCAAACCCAGCAGUGCUGAACUACACCUGGUACAGAGAGAACGGAGAGCAGAUAGGAACCGGAAACCAUCUCACCAUCAACACCACUGAUUCUACACACAGUGGUUUAUACUACUGUAGAGCACAAAACCAGCACGGAGAUCACAACUCAUCUGUCCUCCUGGAUGUUCAGUAUGCUCCUCAGGUGUCUCCCUCCUCCAGCUGUAACAGUGCUCAGGAUUUGAUAACGUGUUCCUGUGAGGUUCAUGGGAAUCCAUCUCCUAAACUGGAGUGGCAUCUCUCUGGGCAAACUGUGAUGCCCUCUGAGAGCACGCCCAUCCGAGAGGAGUCUAUGGGUGACACCGGUUUAAAAAGCUUCAUUACCAUUCAUCAGUCAUUUAUAGACACUCCCACUCUGCAGUGUAUUGGCAUCAAUAAGUUGGGUGUCGACACACACCUGUUUAAUCCCGUCAAAUCAGAAUGCAGACAUACCACAGUACCUUAUCUGGUUCUAUCUCUGUUUGUGGUUCUCCUUCUGUGUGUUGGUGUUAUUAUAUUUCUCAUCUACAAAUUAAGGCAGUAA